AUGGAGGCUGAAGAUGCAGCUCCAGGCGAGGCGUUGCUGUCCUUGAUGCGUGCCCUGCCUACCCCACAGGCUGACGGAGAUGAGGAAAGAUAUCCCUUGGGCCGCGACUUGAUCACCUACCAGAGCCCCAGGCAGAAACGUGCACGCCUGGAGGCCAGGUUGGAGCUGCCAGACGUGGAAGCGACCGAGGUUAGCUUCCAAAGUCCCAAGAGGCGGCACCGGGCGCCGAAGGCGUUGCAGAGCUCACCCAAAGUGAAGGGAGACCAAAAGCCCGACAACGAUGGCAGUUUGACGGGUUUCAACGUCACUGCUGUGCUGGCCAAGAUGGCAGAUCGUUCAGUGCUCGUCGCGAAGAACCGAGAGGGGGAGCAAGUGGCGUUGAAAGUCCUGGAGAAGCACAGCAUGUGGCUGACACCCAAGCGAAAAAUUGGUUCCGAAGCUGAGGUUAUGCAGCAGUUGAAGCAUCCGGGCAUAGUGAAGGUCCUCCAAGUCAUUGAGGAGGACGAACGCUUGUGCUUGGUGAUGGAGUACGUUCCGGGAGGCGACAUGCUGCAGGACAUCAUUCGCCAAGGUCGAUUUCUGGAAGCGCACGCGAAGCGACUUGUCAAACAGCUGGGCGAUGCUAUGACCUAUGUCCAUUCGCGGAACGUGGUACAUCGCGAUUUGAAGCCGGAGAAUAUUCUUCUGACCUCCAAUGACCGAGAGACCAUGAAAGUGAAGAUUUCGGAUUUUGGCAUCUCACGGCUGACCUCGAGUUCCCAGGACUGCCAAACUUACCUUGGCUCGCGGGACUACCGAGCACCUGAAGUUGUUCGCUUGGGCAUCAAUCGGAAAAAAACCAGUGGAGACCAAGGGGGCUAUGGAAAGCCUGCAGAUAUGUGGAGCCUAGGAGUGGUCGUCUAUGUGAUGCUCAGCGGUGAGAGGGCCUUCGAAAGUCAGAGCAAAGUUGAGGUCGAGAUUUUGAAAGGCCUUUGGAGCUUUGCGGCGGAGGUUUGGGGUGCCAUCUCGCAGGAUGCCAAGGAGUUGGUCAAGGCCCUGAUGCAGCAAGAGCCCAAGAAGCGGCUCCAGGCGUGCGAACUGCUCCAGCACCCGUGGCUCAUCGAGGCUGCAAAUUCGGCGCCGGAAAAAAAACGGCGGCGGAGUCGGCGAAGGGGUUUUGGGGAUAUGUACCGCGUGAUUUUUCAUCCUCAGAUGGUAUCAGUGUGCGACAAAGUCAACUACAAGGCGGACCUUCCUUUCACCAAGGAGCCGGCCGUUGCCAUCUAUGCCAAUCUGGCGAAGCCCGCAGGCGUCGAUGAGUGUUUCGACGUGCGCAUCUUCAUCGACCCUGCCAGCGCCACGUGUCGACAACACCGGGUGCUCUACCUCUUCUCAGCCAACAACUCCGGACACAUGGCCGUCUUCAUGGUCUACGGCGCCACACCCGGUCUGCUCUAUUCAGAGGAAAUCAGCUGCUGCGGCGCCAAGAAAUUCCCGGCCUUGGAGACCUUUGCGAUGCGCGGGAUCAUCGGCAACAACGUGGACCAUAGCCUCAACCUGAAGAGGUGCGUGAACCGGACCAAGACCUGAUAGACCGUCUAUAUCUCCAGUGCUCUCCACCAGUUGGGACCCGAGGUCCAACAAUUUUAAGUUCACCCAUCAAUUCAAACUGGAAACGCGCAGUGUGAAA